CAGCGCUCUGACAGCAGCAUUGGUGUGUUUACCAGCAGAGGAGAAUCUGCAUGUGUGUGGACGUGUAGUCUGCUCUCUGUGCUGUGGAACAUGGCGGACAUCACGCCCGGCUCGGUGGCUUCCUCUCUUUGCGCUGCGCCGCCGCCUCUAACAAACAGCUGGCAGCGAGCGUAAACCUGCAACUUCCGCCUUUUUUGUAUACCAUCUCCCUGCUGCCGCCAGCCCGCCGUCUUGUCCCCUCACACACUUCGUUUCCUGCUGCAGGCUGAGGCGCACACACACACAAAAACAACACACAGCUGCAGAAGAAGAGAACCAGUCCUUGAAGCACUCCCAUCUUCAUCAUCAUCUCCUGCUGCACUAAUCAGAAAAUGGACUAACCUGAAUCAGCUCCCCAUCUUAUCACUCACCUGAAGGGCCCCUGCCGGCCCUCAGGGAGCACGCAGCAGGAUGUCCGACAGCCGGCAGUCUGCCAGGCAUCCGCUGUGGCGCCUCCUGUCACCGUUCAGCAUGCGGCAGGAGCGAGUGGUGCUGGCCCGCAGCGAGAGCCAGCCAGGGGAACAAGUCCUGAAGAUCACAGUCACAGAGACCACAAUCAUCGAGGCUGAGUCUGGGGUGUGGAACUUCCGCUCACUCACCUACCUGGGCCUAUGGUACUUCUUCAGCUUCUGCACUCUGUUCCUCAACAAAUACAUCCUGUCAUUGUUGGAGGGGGAGCCCAGCAUGCUGGGUGCUGUUCAGAUGGUGUCCACCACGGUCAUUGGCUUUCUGAAGAUGUAUGUCCCCUGUUGCCUGUACAAGCACAAGUCCAGAACCGAGUACCCUCCCAACUUCCUCAUGAUCAUGUUAUUUGUUGGACUCAUCAGGUUCACCAGCGUGGUCCUGGGCCUGGUGAGUCUGAAGAAUGUGGCAGUGUCGUUUGCAGAGACGGUGAAGAGCUCAGCGCCCAUCUUCACUGUCAUCAUGUCCCGCCUGAUCCUCGGGGAGUACACAGGGCUGUGGGUGAACCUGUCCUUAUUCCCUGUCAUGGCCGGCCUGGCCCUGUGCACAGCCACAGAGGUCAGCUUCAACAUGCUUGGCUUCUCCGCCGCGCUCUCCACCAACGUCAUGGACUGUUUACAGAACGUGUUCUCUAAAAAGCUGCUCAGCGGAGACACAUACAAGUUCAGCCCUCCAGAGCUGCAGUUCUACACCAGUGCAGCAGCAGUCAUCAUGCUUAUACCUGCCUGGGUGUUCCUCAUGGACUUUCCAGUGCUUGGGAAGAAUGGGCGAACCUUUAUCUUCAGCCAAGACAUAGUCCUGUUGCUGCUAUUUGACGGCGGCCUGUUCCACCUGCAGAGCGUCACCGCCUAUGCUCUCAUGGGUCGGAUUUCCCCAGUUACAUUCAGUGUUGCCAGUACUGUCAAGCACGCCCUCUCAGUGUGGAUGAGCAUCAUCGUGUUCAGUAACAAGAUCACAGUCCUCAACGCCGCUGGCACCAUCUUCGUGUUCACCGGGGUCUUCUUUUACAACAAGGCCAGACAGAUCCAGAGACGGAGCUUACAGAAGAUGGCUGCCGAGCAGAACAAGAAACCACCAGCGUGCGACCGGGACUUCCUCGCUGCUCAGUCUCACAAAGAUUGCAGAACUUGAAAGACAGACAUGUUGCUAGAAAUGGGAUCAAAUUAUGAACGAUGAUCUGUUUGCUCACCUGUGGCUGUCCAGACGGGAUGACUCGAAAUUUACAAAAGAGAAGCAUCAGUAUGCAACCAUUGCGGUGAUUGAUUCCAUUGGUCUGAAAGUCUAUGCAGCUAAAAUUCUCAGUGUGCAGCUUUUAGUGGCAUUUACCAGUUAAGUUGCACACUGCAAACAACUGCCCCCUGCCCCUCCCCGGCUGCUGGUGGAACUUGGCGGUGCAACAUAACUUUUCAUUGAUUUUCAUGGACAGAAAAACAAAGCCUGUCACAAUCUCUUGAUCUGAGCUACGACUGUGAAGUUCCACUUACUGAACUGAAACACAGCGGUUUAUAUUCCUCAUGAUCACCAGCUUCCAGAACUGGACCACACUCUGAAUUAUUUGAAAGACAUUUUAACUGAUUUCACUUCAGCUUUCCUGUUAAACCUGCUGUGCCUGAAUCCCGCAGUUUAAGCCACUGAAGUAAUGGGAUGAAAGGUGGCCCCGAAUAUUUGUUUAAGGUGCAAUAGUUUCGUUAAAUUGCUUUAAAGAAAAACCACUACUGUUUUUUUUAUAUUCAGUGUCAAUGUCAUGUCUUAAUGCCAGAAGAAGACUUUGGUGUGUGGCUUGGCUCAGGUCACUGGUCUGACCAUGUCAACACUAGUCCUGUGGGACAGAAUAUUUCUUUGUCCUUUAUAAUCCUCCCUGAUUCUAUGCUUUGGUGAAAACUGUUUUGUGAAAUGAGGGAGCUCAGGGUUCUCUUAAGGAAGGGACUUCUGUAAGCUUCCCGUUUUACAAAUUCCAGGUCGAGCUGACUUUUGAUCUCAUCUGUGGUACAGCAGCUGCUGAAUGUACAGUGUGCUACAGUGAAUAUCUAAUUAGCACCAAAGCUGUAAGAUUUGACCGCUGUGACGGUGUAACAGACACUGUGUCAUACAAUGUAAUGUUUGAGUUGUGAACAGGGCACAAAGGCCUGAGGUGUGAGGCUGUUUGGAGGUUUGUUGAGCCAAAGCUUAGCCUGGCUGAAGGGAACUAUUUAAAACGCCAAAACUGUUUUUUUACCUUCUCUCUUCCAGUUGUUUGCUCCUUGUGCAAAGAGAGAUUAAUAGCAACGAAACAAAUGUUCUCAUUCGUUUUACCUCCAGACAAAGUAAAUCAUGUUUAUUUAGUAGUCAUCUGACUGAUGUCCCAUUGUACCAAUAUCUCAGGUGAUUCCUGUGUUAUCAUAAACAAAUACGAAACUUAGUUGUAGGAAACCGGUUUUCUUAAAAAGCUUUAUGACCCCUUUUAAUUUAAUGUAAAACAUAUUUCUAUGUGCUAUCGCGUGGCCUACUCUUUACGUUCAGGAUUUCAGCAUCAGAGCUGAAAUGACUCCCUUUCUGUUCCUCUAACAACACAUUAGUGCCACUUUUAUUAUCUUGCCAAACAUAAACUGCAGGGAGCUAAUAAUCCAAUCAUGAUAAUGUUAUUCUGACAUGGCAGCUUCAAUCAAAUUAGUCUGCUGUUCUGCUCAUGUAUCCAGGCCUCUUUCAGUUUAUCUUCUACUUGAUUUGUUAGUGAGUGACAAAGUCCAUCAGGUAACACAAAUUGUCUUUUCAAAUGCAUUUUUAACAAAUGUUUUACCUUUGCUUUACUUUUUGUGCCUCAGCAAAACUUGUUCAUUCUUUUUUGAUUUGAACAUUUUAUGUAUUGACGUAAUAAACACGUUCAAUCUA